AGCAAUUCCGCAAAACCCAGAUCGAGAUCAUCAUCAUGUCGACUACUGUUGUUGUCGGAAACCAAAAUGCUGCCGGCAUCGAUCGGGACUCAGCUAGCUUCCCUCUCACACAGUGGGGCGGCCGCUUUCUCGACGACGAAGAACACCAGCAGCAGGGGCCACUGCCAGUGCUUGAAAGCGAGUACGAGGUGCUCAAGGAAGAGGUGCGGAAGAUGGUUACUGCUGAGGAUGAUGGCAAGCCGUCCGCCAUUGCCCAGAAGCUGCGGGUGAUAGAUGCAGUCCAACGAUUGGGCAUUGGCUAUCACUUCGAGAAGGAGAUUGAAGAAGCACUUGAAAAAGUGCAUGCUCUUGGAGACGAACUAUUCGUCAUUAUUCAUGAUCAUGACGAUAACACUACUACCGAUGAUCUCUACAACGUCUCUCUUCGAUUUCGACUUCUCAGACAACAAGGUCUUCGAGUUUCUCCAGAUGGGUUUAGAAACUUGAAGGACGGAGAAGGAAAUUUUAAGGGAUGGUUGGCCUCGGAUGAGCAAGGGCUCUUGAGCUUGUAUGAAGCAGCACAUGUGGCAAUCCAUGGAGAAGGUAUAUUGGAUGAAGCACUGAGCUUUGCUACCAAGACCCUCAAGUCCAUUCUUCCCAAACUCAGCCCUUCAUUCCACAAACAAGUAAAGUUCGCUCUCGGUCUCCCUUCGUGGAAAUGUGUCCCUAGGUCACUUACUAGGAACUACAUCGAUUUUUACUCCGAAGAUGUCUCCCACAAUCACAAACUCCUUCGAUUUGCAAAGUUGGAUUUCAACUUGCUCCAAAAGUUGCAUCGACAAGAGCUCCACGAAAUUUCUGAGUGGUGGAAGAGUUUGAAUGUGACUACGAACUUCCCACAUGCAAGAGACAGAGUUGUGGAAUGUUAUUACUGGAUUUAUGCGGUAUACUUUGAACCCAAGUAUCAGUUGGCCAGAGUUAUGUGCACCAAGAUCAUAUCAAUGCUUUCACUCUUAGAUGACACUUGCGAUAAUUUUGCUACGUUUGAAGAGGUCAAGAUGCUCACAGAAGCUAUUGAAAGCUUCCAUGUAAGCGCUCUGGAAGCACUACCAGAGACGAUGAAAAAUUUGUACCGUAUCAUCAUCGAUCUGUACGACGAAAUUGAAAUGGAACUUGCAAAAACAGGACCCACUUUUGCGGUCGACUAUGCUAAAGAAGAGCUCAAGAAAAUAUGCAGAGCCCACUUGGCAGAGGUUCAGUGGCGUACCAAAGACCAUGUUCCAACACUAGAGGAGUAUAAGAUUGAUGCAUAUGUAACAAGUGGGUUUCCCAUCCUUUGCACAUCGGCUUUCGUUGGAAUGGGAGUUGAAAUAGCCACCAGGGAGGCCUUUGAAUGGGUCACCAACGAGCCUAAGAUGGUCAGAGCUGCUUCAGUCAUUUCUAGGAUUCAAAACGAUAUCGUCUCUCACAAGUGGGAGCGAGAGAGAAGUCAUGCUGCUUCAGCAAUAGAAUGCUACAUGAAGGAGCACGGGGCAUCGGAGGAGGAAGCCAUUGAAUUUUGUUGGGAGGAGAUCUCUAGAGCUUGGAAGGACAUUGCAGAAGAGUGUCAGAAACCAACACCAUUGCCAGUAGCCUUAACAGAUCGUGUCCUUAACUUUGCACGCUCCAUUAGUGUGAUAUAUGAGAAUGGUGAUGGCUACACUCAUUCUCACCUUUUGAAAGCACACAUUGCUUCACUGUUCGCCGAUCCUGUACCUCUAUGAAUAACCUCAUGAAUAAAGGAAUUAUGAUCCACAAGAAUCAUAUGUAUUAUUGUACUAGUCAUUCCUAUUGAGUUUGGUUGUCCCAAAAAAUAGCGAUUUGGAGAACAAAUGUAUUUGUGGGUUUGGAUCUCAAUAAGAAUUACAUUUUCCUUUCAUAUGGGCAACCUCAUAUUUUCUAAUAUUUUUAAUACUUUUUUGUCAUAGAGUUGAAAGGGUCGAGAACUGAAUCAUUGAUCUUUUUGUUUAAGUAUGACUUGAUGCUAUAAUUCUUACGCUGGUUCUAAUUUUUUAAAGGCACACAUCACUUCGUUGUUCACUUAUCCUGUAGCUCUUAUAGAACAUUAGUCAUGAAAAAAAUAAUUCCAAUCCACAAAAUGUAUUCAGUCUUAUCAUAAUUUCUUCAAUCCACAUGUGACAACUAAAACAAAUGUGUAUGCUACUUUUAUCUUGAACAAUUACAUUGUUCUUUGCACAUAGGGAGUCUAAUCUUCUCAACAAUUAAUUGCUCACUUUUAUUUAUUGCACGGGUGGAGAUCAAACCUCUUAAUUUUCCAUAACUCAAGAAAUAGCGAUAUCCCAU